CCUAAUAAUGCAGGGCAUCGUGCUGGUUGUGGGCGCCAUCACCGUCGCGUUAGUCUUGGUCGUCGAGAAACUGAGCACCAUACUUGAGCUGGGAUACAGUGUCAGCGGCGUCAGCAAUGGAGCACUGCUGGGACUCUUCUCGUUUGGCAUGCUGGUACCUUCGGCGAACACCAAGGGUGCUCUGGUUGGCAGUCUGUUGGGCAUGGCGGUGGUGGCAGUCAUUAUGUCAGGGGCUCAGAGCGCCCACGCCAUGGGCCGCAUGAGGUACCCCUCGCUGCCUACCUCCGUCGAAGGCUGCCCUGCCAACUUCACAUCGGUCAUCGAAACCGUCACACCGUCAAGUACUCCAAGCCCAGUGACGGACGAGGUGCCACUGUUGUUUCGGCUGUCGUAUCUCUACUACACACUGGUAGGCGCCGUCGUCAUGGUGACGGUGGGCUGGGCGGUCAGCCGGCUGACGGGUCCCCUCAAACCAGGGGACGUGGAGCCGUCGCUGCUGGCGCCUAUGGUCCGGCCCAAACACCUGCGCUGGAAAAAUUGCGCCGUCGACGCCGACCCGGCGGUCCGAGUUGAGCUGCUCCAGCAGGCGAAGCAGCAACCCGAGACACACGGAGCGGCCUAAUGUGUCAACACACGACGACGAGGAUGCGGCAACCUUGCCGAGGGUUCCUAUACUCUGCCAGCCGUUUGCCUGACAUG